CCUGACACACCAUCCAUCAUACGCCGGGAAAACCUUGCCGGAGAAAAAACAGGCGAUCCAAAACAAUCCGGAGCCUAACAUGCGAUUUUACUUCACCCUGGUUGUACCCCUUCUAAUUUCAUCACUCUUCGCCCUCUCCACGGCACAGCAGAAGGACCCUGACCAGCAGUUGAUCAAUGAUAUCGACGCAGCGAAGCUCAAGAUCGCUCAAUUGGAAACCGCGCUUGAGGAAACCGUACGGAACGUUGAUUCGAAAACCCUCUACUUGAAAGAUCGCGAGGUUUUGAUUCAAGAUUCAGACAGUCAGAUUCGAGAUCUGCAGUCUGCUCUAUCAAGUGUCAAGAGUGACUUACCUGAGGUUCAAAAAUGGAUAAGGGAGUUGGAAGAAGAGGUUAAACUUCUAUGGGCUGCCUUGAGAGCUUCCAACUUCGAUCUUCACAUUUUAAAGGAAAAAGAAAGAGAGGCUGAUGAUAAAGUACAAGUUGCUGCUUUGGAAGUUGAGAAGAUGUCGGACUUUGUGACGGAGCAGUGGAUUCAAAUUCAGCACCUUGAGCAGAUGGUAGAAUUCAAUGCUCGAAGGCACAGCAGAACUAACAGAUGCAACUUCUUGAAGCUUAUUAACGAACUACUGGAAAAACAUCUUCCCAAAGUUCAUGAAACGUUUGAUGUCUGCUUGAAGGAAUGGAAGCAUUCAAUGGAAUGUUACCUAUCAGAACCUAUGUCACAGUUAAAGGGAUUCUGGGCAGCUGUUACAAAGUACCACCACCAGGGUUGGAUCAAACGCGAGAUGGAGAAGAGCGAUGUUACGGCGGCUCUUGCGAAUAGGGAAGUGGUGUUUUUCGUGGCAUCUGCGCUUAUUACAUUCCCAGUGUUGGGAGCCUUGAUGUUUCUCUCUUCCUAGUUUGGUCUCUUUGGACUUGGAAAACAUGCCGCCGUCAUCAAGAGGAUGACGAGGAGAGACUGUGGCGAUGGAUGACGACCCAAUCCUUUAUUCAACGCUGAGAGGAAAGAAUGUUGGCUAAUUCAAUUUCAUAAUCAUUUCUUGUGAUACAGUUUAUUUCACAAGAAACUUCCCCAUUUAUUAUAGAAAAAAAGUUUAGGGGUCCUUUACCCCUGAUUGCAAAUU